ACGAAUCAUGGAAGCAACUAAAUGACUGGCAUAUGUCUUUCUCGCCCAUAUCUCUGCAGAUUGGUCCAAGUGUUUUUAAUGAUAAAUUAGCUAAUCGUAUAAUUGGACCAAAAGAAUGGCUUGGAAACGAGAAUAUGGAUGCUGUCAUGUACUUAUUCCGGGAGAACACAACUUUGCGUCGAUGGAAACCAGAUCGAGUUGCUUUCUUGAACUGUUUAUUCAGCCACCAAAUCAAU